AUGGCGAAAGGUAGAACAUCCUAUUGCCUCUUCUCAUGUCUCCUUGUCUUGUUUAUGAUUCCAAUCUCAGCAACGAUUGAUGAUGAUGAGGAUCAGCAGGUAUAUAUAGUAUACUUGGGAACACUUCCUUCGCGAGAGGAUUAUACACCAAUGUCCGAUCACAUGAGUAUUCUUCAAGAAGUCGCCGGAGAGAGUUCGACCGAGAAACGCUUGGUGAGAAGCUACAAAAGGAGUUUCAACGGGUUCGCAGCACGACUCACCGAGUCCCAACGAAAAAGAAUAGCCGGAAUGGAGAGAGUUGUGUCUGUGUUCCCAAGCAGAAAAAUGAAACUCCAAACGACGUCGUCUUGGAACUUCAUGGGUCUCAAAGAAGGCAACAGAACGAAGCGGAGGCCUAGCAUUGAGAGCGAUACCAUCAUCGGAGUCAUUGACACUGGAAUCUGGCCCGAAUCGGAGAGCUUUUCCGACCAUGGCUUUGGUCCUUCUCCUAAAAAAUGGAAGGGUACUUGUGCCGGAGGCAAAAACUUCACCUGUAACAACAAAAUCAUUGGGGCAAGAUACUACACAGCCGAAACUAACGGGAAAGAGUCGGCUAGGGAUUACUUGGGACACGGCACGCACACGGCGUCUACGGCGGCCGGAAACGCUGUGGCAGACACAAACUUUUACGGUCUCGGAAAUGGAACCGCGAGAGGUGGCGUUCCAGCCGCCCGAAUCGCGGUUUACAAAGUCUGCGACGAUGAAGGUUGCAGCGGAGAAGCAAUUAUGUCUGCGUUUGACGACGCAAUCGCUGACGGUGUGGACAUUGUAUCUAUCUCCAUCGUGCUAGAUAACACUCCACCGUUUGAGGAGGAUCCUAUAGCGAUUGGGGCAUUUCACGCUCUGGCUAAAGGAGUUCUCACUGUUAACUCGGCAGGUAACGACGGUCCUAAGAUCAGCACGGUCACGAGUACUGCACCGUGGGUUUUCAUCGUUGCCGCCAGCGUUACGAACCGUGCGUUUAUGGCUAAAGUUGUUCUUGGAGAUGGCAAAACCCUUGUCGGAAGAUCAGUGAAUACAUAUGAUCUUAAUGGAGUCAAGUAUCCUCUGGUUUACGGAAAAUCUGCAGCUUUGAGUACAUGUAACGAAGAUAAGGCUAAGUUGUGCGAGCCAAAGUGUUUAGACCAAAAACUCGUGAAAGGAAAGAUUGUUCUGUGUGAUUCUUCAGCAGGUCCAAUAGAAGCUCAAAAAUUGGGAGCUGUUGGAUCCAUUGUUAAGAACCCUGAACCGGACCACGCUUAUCUCCGCUCUUUCCCAGUCUCUUUUUUAUCCGAUGACGAUUACAAAUCGGUUGUCUCUUACAUGAAAUUGGCAAAAGAACCAAUAGCGACCGUUCUGAAAAGUGAGGAAAUUUCUAAUCAGAGAGCUCCUCUCGUUGUUUCGUUCUCUUCUCGCGGUCCAAGCACCAUCGUCUCAGAUAUUCUCAAGCCGGAUAUAACAGCACCAGGAGUGGAGAUCCUCGCUGCGUAUUCACCUGAUAGUUCACCAACUGAAAGCAAGUUUGACACCAGACGUGUAAAGUUCUCUGUUUUGUCUGGAACUUCAAUGGCUUGUCCACAUGUUGCAGGCGUUGCCGCCUAUGUCAAGACUUUUAAUCCUAAAUGGUCUCCUUCCAUGAUCCAAUCUGCCAUUAUGACAACCGCUUGGCCAAUGAAUGCUUCUUGUCCUGGCUUUACAUCAACCGAGUUUGCUUAUGGAGCUGGCCAUGUGGACCCAAUAGCUGCUAUUAGUCCUGGACUUGUCUAUGAAUCGACCAAAGCAGACCACAUCGCCUUUCUCUGCGGUUUAAACUAUACGAGUAAGAACUUAAGAAUUAUAUCUGGAGACAACAGCACUUGCACGGAAGAACUUUCCAAGAAUUUACCAAGAAAACUCAACUAUCCAACGAUGUCAGCUAAAGUGUCUGGAACAAGAUCGUUUAAAGUAACUUUCCAAAGAAUUGUCACAAAUGUCGGUACGCCAAAUUCUACAUACAUAGCAAAGGUAGUCACAAGUCCUGGAUCUAAACUCUCCAUCCAGGUGUCGCCUAGUGUUCUGUUUAUGAAGUCUAUGAAUGAGAAGCAGUCUUUUACGGUGACUGUUUCAGGCGAUAGUCUUGGAAUAGAACAACCUGUGUCUGCAAAUCUAAUUUGGUCUGAUGGCAGUAAUCAUGUGAGAAGUCCCAUAGUUGUCUAUGCUAUGAGUUGA